AUGGGUAGCUCAGGUGUCUCAUGGAAAUUGGCGGAUCAUCCAAAGCUUCCAAAGGGGAAGACAGUGGCUGUGGUGGUGUUGGAUGGUUGGGGAGAGGCCAAGCCCAACGAGUACAACUGCAUCUCCACCGCUGAGACACCCUGCAUGGAUUCCCUUAAAAAGGGUGCCCCCGAAAGGUGGAGAUUGGUUAGGGCGCAUGGCACUGCUGUAGGCCUUCCAACAGAAGAUGACAUGGGCAAUAGUGAAGUUGGUCACAAUGCCCUUGGAGCUGGUCGCAUAUUUGCGCAGGGUGCCAAGCUUGUCGACCUUGCUCUGGCCUCUGGAAAAAUAUUUGAAGGAGAAGGUUUCAAUUACAUUAAGGAAAGUUUUGCAAAUGGCACAUUACAUCUCAUUGGGUUAUUGAGUGAUGGUGGAGUUCACUCCAGACUUGAUCAGUUGCAGUUGUUGCUUAAAGGCGUUGGUGAGCGAGGUGUUAAAAGAGUACGUGUCCAUAUUCUUACAGAUGGCCGUGAUGUUUUGGAUGGCUCUAGUGUGGGGUUUGUUGAAACCCUUGAAGAUGAUCUUGCAAAAUUGAGGGAGAAGGGUAUUGAUGCAAAGAUAGCAUCAGGUGGAGGUCGUAUGAAUGUCACAAUGGAUCGUUAUGAGAAUGACUGGAAUGUUGUGAAACGAGGAUGGGAUGCUCAAGUUCUUGGUGAAGCCCCUUAUAAGUUUAAAAGUGCUCUUGAAGCUGUCAAGACGCUGAGGGCAGAACCAAAGGCCAAUGACCAGUAUCUGCAUCCUUUUGUUAUCGUUGAUGAGAGUGGGAAACCUGUUGGUCCGAUAGUUGAUGGUGAUGCUGUUGUUACAUUCAAUUUCCGAGCUGAUCGAAUGGUCAUGAUUGCAAAGGCUCUUGAAUAUGAAAAUUUUGACAAAUUUGACCGAGUGCGUUUUCCAAAAAUCCGCUAUGCUGGAAUGCUUGAAUAUGAUGGUGAAUUGAAACUUCCCAGUCAUUACCUUGUUUCUCCACCAGAGAUUGAUAGGACUUCUGGUGAAUAUUUGGUGCAUAAUGGUAUUCGGACUUUUGCUUGCAGUGAGACUGUUAAAUUUGGUCAUGUCACAUUCUUCUGGAACGGAAACCGGUCUGGGUGUUUUAAUGCAGAAUUGGAGGAAUAUGUGGAAAUUCCUAGUGACUCUGGGAUUACAUUCAAUGAACAACCAAAAAUGAAAGCAUUGCAAAUUGCUGAAAAGGCUAGGGAUGCUAUUCUUAGCCGGAAAUUUGAUCAGGUACGUGUCAACCUACCAAAUGGUGACAUGGUGGGGCAUACAGGUGACAUUGAGGCAACAGUUGUGGCUUGCAAGGCAGCUGAUGAGGCUGUGAAGAUGAUUCUGGAUGCAAUAGAGCAAGUGGGUGGAAUCUAUGUUGUCACCGCUGACCAUGGAAAUGCAGAGGAUAUGGUCAAGAGGGAUAAAUCUGGAAAGCCACUUCUAGGCAAGGAUGGAAAAAUCCAGAUUCUUACUUCCCACACUCUUGAGCCUGUGCCAAUUGCUAUUGGAGGUCCUGGAUUGAUCUCUGGUGUCAGAUUCCGCAAUGAUGUUCCAUCCGGUGGUUUGGCCAAUGUUGCUGCAACUGUGAUUAAUCUUCAUGGAUUUGAGGCUCCCAGCGACUAUGAGCAAACUCUCAUAGAAGUAGUUGAUUAG